AUGGAUGAAGCCAGGUUGGUGUUCGUGGACGGGGUCUUCCCGACCGAUGUUACCUCGCACCUGGCCCAGCUCCAGCAGGUCAGCGGUGCCAGCACCAGCGAUGACGGUGGUGAACGAGCCAAGGUGGUGGCCAUCGUGGCGCGGCACCAGCACCUCGAGGCCCUGCCCGCCGACCUGCCCUACCUGCCCUCCCUGGCGGCGCACCUGCGCGAGCUCGACCUGAGCCUCAACCGCCUCACCGAGCUCCCCGCGGCCCUCUCCUGCCUCGAGCGCCUCGAGUACCUCAACCUGGGCCACAACGCCUUUGCCCAGGUGCCCGCGCUCGUGCUGACGUCAGCACAGGCCACCACCGGCGGCGGCGGCGGGCUGCGCCACCUGUUCCUGGGCGGCAACCGGCUGACGUCGCUGCCGGCCGAGCUCGCGCGGCUCACGCGCCUCGAGAACCUGUCCCUGGGCCACAACCAGUUCGACUCCGUACCGCCCGUGGUCUACGCGCUCACCUCGCUCCUCUCGCUCUCCCUCAACCACAACGCCAUUGCUGCGGUUGACGACGGCAAUGACGACGGCCGCUCGUUCGCGCGGCUGUCGCGGCUUCGUACGCUCGAUCUGUCGCAUAACGCGCUGACCGAGCUCGCGCUGGACGUGCCGCGGUCGCUGACCUCGCUCGACGUGUCGGCCAACACCGGGCUCACGACCCUCGCACUCAUGCCGCAGCUUCUGUCGGCGAAGGAGCGCAAGCCGGCGAAGCUCAAGCGGCUCGAUGUGAGCAGGUGCGGGCUGGGCGGUUUGUCGCCGACGCUGGCGGGGUUCGGCCGGCUGGCGUGGGUUGACUACGCCGACAACCCGUGGGACGACGCCCACGCCUACCUGCGCACCCGUCCGCUGCCCGCGGCCGUGCUCGCCUGGCUGCGCAUCCGCGGCCCUGCUGUACCUACGGAGCACGCCGGCGCACCGCUGGCCAUUCCGCCCGACGCCGUCACACUGGGCUCUCAGAUCGACGCCCUUGAGAACCGGUACUCGUUGCUGGGUGGGCGGAUGAGUAGUAGCGGCGAAGAGUGCACGGUCAAGGUCUACGCGGACGACACCCCGGCCGAGACCAUCGCCCACGAGUUUUCCGUGCUCCAAACCCUCUACGCCGGUCGGGACGACUCGCCGCUGGUGGGCAUCAGCUUCCGGCCCGGCCAGCUGCCCUGGCUCGUCUUCCGCAAAUGUCUGGUGUGCCAUGUCAUUGAGCAGCGGUCGCUCGAAACGCAUGUCAAGGGCCAGCAGCUCAGCGUCGAGGAGCGGGCGCAGAUGGCCUACCACGCGGCCGAGGCCGUCGACGCUCUUCUGGCCGGCAUCGACGCCAACUUCCCCGAAGACGAAGACGAGCGCCUGACCAACGAGCGCGCCUCGCUGCUGGCGCUCCUCUACCGCGACAUCCAACAGAGCCACCACUGGCUGGUCCAGGACCCGCUCGACCUCCUCGCGGCCGCCGCUGGUGACGAUCGCGCCAGCCCGAGGUGGUCGCUCGCCCCGCUGCCCUCGUCGUCGUUGGCUUCGUCGCCGCAGCUCGUCUACGCCGUCGGCCUCCUCCUCCACACGGUCUUCGCCGCGGGUCACGCAAGGAAUGACAGGAAUGCGGGCGAUGUGAUGGCGCGUCGGCCCCGGCGGCUGGCGGUCGAGCUGCCGCUGGCGGUGCGGCAGCUGCUCGAGUGGACCUGGGAGUGGGAGAAGGAGGCGCCGACGACGACCCGCAAGCGGCGCCAGCCGCACAUGCAGCCGCGGGUGCAGGUCGGGCACGGCGAGCGGCGGCCGGUCCUGCAGGACGUGAUGUGGUUGUGCUUUUGGCUGGGCCACGAGCGAACGCGGGUCGACGCCACCCACGGACUCGGCCUCCGCGACUUUGGGCCGCAGCUCGUCUACGACAUGGAGCGAGCCGACCGCGGCGAUAACGAAAACGAAAACGAAAAGAACGAAAACGAAGACAAGAAUGAAAGCGAAGAGGGGAUGGAUGAGGAGACGAGGAACAAUUUGCUGGGACUAUUCGCGGAGACGCAGCGGCGGGUGAGCGAGAGGGCGAUGACCCUGCGCAGCGUGAAGAAGGAGCAGAAGAGAGAGCAGUACUGGCAGGUGAGCCACGCGGAUCUCUACUCGGACGAUGACGACGACGACUUGGAGGCGUCGGACGACGACAGCGACGACAGCGACGACAAUGGCGAAGCCAGCUCGGGCCAGGGAGGGUUGCUGCAGCUUCAAGCCAUGUUGGCGAACAUCACCAACUCCUUUCGCGACAUGACGAACGCCUGA